AUGCCCGCCAACGGCAGCUCCAACGGCGCUUUCGCCUACCACUCCGCCUCCACCACCGAGGCCAUCCAAGCCGAGAAUGACUUUGCUGCUCACAACUACCACCCAUUGCCCAUUGUCUUCUCCCGCGCUCAAGGUACCUCUGUCUGGGACCCCGAGGGACGUCAUUAUCUGGACUUCCUCUCCGCCUACUCCGCUGUCAACCAAGGCCACUGCCACCCUGAGCUGGUCAAGGCUCUCGUGGAUCAAGCUUCCCGCCUCACCCUGAGCUCCCGCGCUUUCUACAAUGAUGUAUUCCCUCGUUUUGCCGAGUUCGUCACUCGCUACUUCGGCUUUGACAUGGUUCUGCCCAUGAACACUGGCGCCGAGGCGGUCGAGACCGGCAUCAAGAUCGCCCGUAAGUGGGGGUACAAAGUGAAGGGUAUUCCCGAGAACAAGGCGAUCGUUUUGAGUGCUGAGAACAACUUCCACGGCCGAACAUUCGCCGCUAUCUCUCUCUCCUCCGACCCCGAGUCGCGGGAGCACUACGGCCCCUAUCUUCCCGGUAUCGGCUGCACCAUCCCCGGCACCGAGAAGCCCAUCGCAUACAACGACAAGACCGCUCUGCGCGAGGCCUUCGAGGCCGCCGGCCCCAACCUCGCCGCCUUCCUGGUCGAGCCUAUCCAAGGCGAGGCCGGUAUCGUCGUCCCCGAUGCGAGCUAUCUCCAGGAAGCCCGCGCCCUCUGCGACAAGCACAAUGUCCUGUUGAUCUGCGACGAGAUCCAGACUGGUAUCGCCCGCACCGGCAAGCUGCUCUGCCACGAGUGGAGCGGAAUCAAGCCCGACCUCGUCCUGCUGGGCAAGGCUAUCUCGGGUGGUAUGUACCCUGUUUCAUGUGUGCUUGGCCGCAAGGAUGUGAUGCUCACCAUCGAGCCUGGCACCCACGGUUCAACCUAUGGUGGUAACCCCCUGGGUUGUGCCGUUGCUAUCCGUGCUCUCGAGGUGGUGCAGGAGGAGCAGAUGGUUGAGCGGGCCGAGAAGCUUGGUCACGUUUUCCGACAGGGUCUGGAAGAUCUGAAGAGUCCUCUCAUCGAGACUGUGCGUGGAAAGGGUCUGCUCAAUGCUAUUGUCAUUGAUGAGUCGAAGACAAAUGGUCACUCGGCUUGGGAUCUGUGCAUGUUGAUGAAGACGAAGGGUUUGCUGGCCAAGCCUACUCACCAGAACAUCAUCCGUCUCGCCCCUCCCCUCGUCAUCACCGAGGAAGAGAUUCAGCAGGCGUUGAAGAUCAUUCACGAGGCUGUGACCGAACUGCCCACCCUGAAGGGAUCUGUCAAGCACUAA